GACUGGUGUGCCCAUCUCGGGGCUUGGGGCAUCUGGUCAGGAAUGCCCAAUAGCUCAGAGGAGCCACAGUUGGGGUCAUGGCUGGGUCCCUGGUCUCUCUGCCCUCUGACCCUGCUGCUCGUCUCCCUCUUCCCGUGAUUGUGCCAGGGCCUCUGAAGCCUCUUUGGCUACCCCUCCCUGCCUGUGCAGCCGCCCAGUCGGAAAUCCUUGGCUCCAUCUGCUGAGGAAGUGGUAGAUGCCACAGAACUGCCAUUCCGGCCACAGACACCCUCUCCCUCUGCCUUGCCCCACCCCACUCUCUUCUGGGCUGUAAGGACAGAAAUGAGCCAGGCAGAUGCUGCCCUGACUGGGAGCCACAGGUAAGAGUCUUACAUGCAGAUGCCUGUUGUAGCCUAGCCCACCAACCAGAACUUGACCCUGCAGCAAGAGGGGGCAAAGAAGUGCACAGCAGUCGCCAGGCAUCUCGGCUUCUCUGCGCCAGGACAUUGUAAGACAUAUGCUGAUUCAGCAGACAGCAGUUGCUCAACCCAUGUUUGUCACUUAGUGUGUGGCCUCCAGCAAGUUACUUAACAUAUCUGAGCCUUAAUUUCCUCAUUGUUGAAAUGUCAGUGAGAAUGCAAAGGAUAGGAUCGGGCUGUGUAAGCUUGGAGCCGCCUGGACCAUAGUGGGCAAGAGCCAGGAACCAAAAGGCCCCUUGAAUGUAUUUCCAUGUCUACGGUGUGACCCCUAAAGAGCAUUUCUCAGUCUGGUUACAGCAUUCUUUCCCAACGUGACAUUACAUGAGUGACAAGAUACUUCCCAUAAUUCAUACUCAUGCACAGCCCCAACAGAGGGCUCCAGCAAGGCUGGGUGGGGGGGACGACACUGGGCAGGAAGCAAAGCUGUAAGGAGCAUGUGACCUCCCUGGGGAGCACCCUGGGGACCUGCCACCCACACUCAGUGUGACAGGCAGUACGCCUGGCUGGAGCCCUUGUGGACUGCCGCCUGAUGGACGUGCUGUGGGGCUGCUUCAGUCUCUGACCUUGAAGAGUGGUCAGGGAGGGCCUCCAGGAAGAAGCAGCCAGCUGGGCAGGAAGAGCAGUGAACAGCCGUGGCCAUGGAGUCUCUGGAGACCCCUGUCAAGGACGGCAUCCUAUACCAGCAGCACGUGAAGUUUGGCAAGAAAUACUGGCGCAAAGUGUGGGCUCUGCUGUAUGCAGGAGGCCCAUCAGGCGUAGCUCGGCUGGAAAGCUGGGAUGUUCGUGAUGGUGGCCUGGGGCCAGCAAGCGACAGAGCCACAGGGCCUGGCCGGCGAGGGGAACGUCGGGUCAUACGCUUGGCUGACUGUGUGUCUGUUCUGCCUGCGGACUGUGAGAGUUGUCCCAGGGACACUGGUGCCUUCCUGAUUACCACCACUGAACAAAGCCACCUGCUGGCCGCCCAGCACCGCCAGUCAUGGAUGGGCCCCAUCUGCCAGCUGGCCUUCCCGGGCACCGGAGAAUGUUCCGGAUCAGGACAGGCUGAGACUCCAAAAAGGGGCUUUGUUCCCAUGGAGGAAAACUCUAUCUACUCCUCCUGGCAGGAAGUGAGUGAGUUCCCAGUGGUAGUGCAGCGGACAGAGGCCACCACCCGCUGCCAGCUGAAAGGACCCUACCUCCUGGUGCUGGGCCAAGAUGACAUUCAGCUUCGGGAGACUUCCAGCCCCCAGGCCUGCUACAGCUGGCCCUACCGUUUCCUGCGCAAGUUCGGCUCUGACAAGGGCGUGUUCUCUUUUGAGGCUGGCCGCCGUUGUGACUCGGGCGAGGGCCUUUUUGCCUUCAGUAGUCCACGUGCCCCAGACAUAUGUGGAGCUGUGGCCGCUGCCAUUGCCCGCCAGCGGGAACGGCUUCCAGAGUUAGCCACGUCCCCACCCUGCCCACUGCCUCGGGCCCUCUCCCUGCCCUCCCUAGAGCCCCCUGGAGAGCUUCGGGAGGUGGCCCCAGGAUUUGAGCUGGCCACUUCCAGAAAGCUGCCUAUGACUGACCCUGGGCCCCAAAGCCUGCCACUGCUGCUCAGUCCCACGCAAGAAGGAACAGUAUCCAGUCUCUAUGCAUCCGUGUGCAAGCAGACCAGCAGGCCCACAGCCACUGGGGAGCACCUCUAUGAGAACCUGUGCAUGCUGGAGGCCAGUCCUGGGCUGUCCAAUGGGGGUCCCGAGUCCCAAGAGGGCCCUCCUGGUGGCCACAGCCCCCUGGCCAGCCCCAUCUAUCACAACAGUGAGGACCUGAGUUGGCCGGGCUCGGCCCAGGACAGCAACCUGGAAGCCCAGUACCGGAGGCUGCUGGAGCUGGAGCUAGACAAGGCUGGAGGAACUGUCCGUUCCAGUGCACAGACAGGCAUUAAGGCCAAGCUGGUGACCCUGCUGACUCGGGAACGGAAGAAGGGCCCUGCUCCCUGUGACCGGCCCUGAAGGCCUGUGCAGUGGCAGCAGGACAGAGGUGAUCUCCCAGGAACUGGAGGGAGCAACUUCAGACCUAUCCCCUGUCUACUGUGACCUACAGGGACAGGCCAGGCAGCCUGGGGAGAAGGCGCACGCUGCCCUCCCCCCUCCCAGCGGACAGUGUACAGAUCGACCAAUAAUAAAGCUUGCCUACCAGC